CUCUUACAUACACCAACGACAUCAUGGCCAUCAUCCCAGAUGUUCCACACGUCGCUGUGGACAUCGUGGUCGAUGGACGCCCACUUCCUGAAUACCUCGACGAAGACGAUGACGAUUCCAUCUCCUCUGACAGCACUAUCAAAUAUGUCGAAUGUGUCUCUGGCUCAGAGUUCGGCAUACGGGUCCAAUACACUGGCAUGACUCUCCAGGAUCUUCAAGGAGGUAACGCCAUUGAUGUGAAGUACUAUCUUGAUGGACUACGUGUUGGUAGCGCUGUGCAUCGAUUUCCCUGGAGUCCUGGCCGUGUCUCUAUACGCCAGGCAGCUCGCUACAGAGAAGGCGGAGUCUUGAAAGAACGAAACUUCAUGUUUGCCGACCUUGCACGAUCACUGUCAAGCUUUUCUAUGUCCUGGCUAGUAAAAGUCGCGAGAGNCCGUGGUCGUCAUGACUCUUUAAGAUCGAUGCCGCGCACGAAGAUAUCCACGAAAAACAUCUCAAAGGUCAAGCAAUCUCGGUUCAGACCAANNGCUGGGAGAAGCGAGGUCAAUGGGCUAUCAUUCAUCUUGUUCGGUCAAGCAGUUAGGCGAUGCAUUCGCAGUGUUCAACUUCCGAUACCGUUCACGNCAGGGACCUGCAAAUUCUUUGCCUCAUUCCAAGAAUCCCAAGUCCCAUUCCACUCGAGAAUCGACCAGAGGAGAGCCUCAACAGAGAGGAGCUACUUGAGCUCUUGCGCAGACANGAAGGCUAGCCAAGAAGAGCAGAUCGCGACCAAGCAAGAGCUCAAGAGAGAGCGCAUUGAAGACGAUGAAGGCGACGACGAACUGAUAGUAAUCUCCUCACGUCCACACACCAGAAGGCUCAAGAUAUCGGCAAAUGCCAAUACAGGCAUCGAGACCAUCGAUCUGACAGACGAU